UGUACAGCAUAUUCUUUUCUUUUUCAAAUAAUCACUGUAUAGUGUGCAAGUUUUUAAUAAGCUUUAAUUUCGAGAUACAGUAAAAACAAGUAAAGUAAACGUACGAAGUAAAAUUAAAUUUAUUAUAUUAUUAUCUGGGUAAACGUAGUUUCUAGCGUGUAGUUUUAUCUUCUUCGUUCGUUACAACGGCAUCCCGAGUUUACACGGAAACGCGAAUAGCACCGGUUACGAUUCAUUAACAUAGGUAAUUACUAGACCACCGCUAACUUCUACGAUCUCUUUUUUAACGCUGUCGGGAAGUUUAUAAAUCGCUGUGACGUUCCAGUACUAGUCGUUCGCGAUAUUGUUUCGAACAAAAAUGAAUCUAACGAUGUGAAUCUCGCGAGUGCUAUUGUUAAAUCCGAAAUUGUAAAUUACAAAUCAGAAUCUUUCAUGCAUCUCUUGUACUACGUGCACGAAUCGAUUUGUGAUUUUACGAGAACGUAAAAUCACGAACAUUGGCAGGCAAACCAUAAAAUUUCUCACGGAUCCGAAACACAUAGCACCGCGAAGUGAAACGCAUAAAACUGUUGAUUUUUCUACGAAUGUGUUCAGUAUCUUGUCGAGCGUUUCCUGCUUGGCAAACGAGAGAAGUGAAAAAGGAUUUUACAAAAUGUUAAAAUUUCAAAGAAAAUUUGUCGCUUCGUAAAAACGAUUAGAAUUUUUCAUUUCAUUGAGGUGACAGCUUAUUUAACAAUAGAAAUUGGUCUGUACAUCUUGUACGACAAUAAAUAAUCCUUGUGGCUUUCAGAUAUUUAAGUAUAAUGUAUAUUCUCGUGGUAUGUUAUUUAAUGUGGCUAUCGAGAGUCUCUGGGGUGAAAAAUAUCACACAAGGCGUAGCAAGGCACCUAAGAUCUGUAUCCUUCCCUGACGGGAGCGGCAUGGGGAUAUUCAUGGCAAUCGGACUACCUCUCGAUAUCCCCAAUAAAUCGAUUCAAGUUUCUUUCUAUUUUGAAGCAAAUUACGGUCUGCCAGACUGGAAUUCCAGCUACUACCUGGACGAUCAUUUUGCAAAGCGGAGUUUGAAUCGACGACUGGCAUACGAAGUUAUUGUAAACAAGUUAGAAAGCUUAGGUUUCUCUGGAGAAGGCUGUCUACAAAAAAUGAUUUGCGAAGUCGCAAACAAUCCGUUGACCAACAAUGGAGUUAUCGGUGAUGUACUACAAAUUUUACUCACACCAUCCUCUUCAGAAAAUGAAAACCUUCCCAGUAAAAUCACCGAGGCUGAAUACAUGGAAGACUGUAAUAACCAGUACAAAAACUGUCCCCAAAGCCCAUUAGCUCUGAUAAGCCAUCAGAAUCUUAAUGGAAUUAGUUAAACACGCCAUAAUAUU